AUGUUGCCGGACCGUCGAAUCACUUACAGCUGUUCUGCAACAACAAUAUCAGGUGUCCACGGGCACGAAACCUUUGCGCUUUGAACGCUUUGGAAAAAACAUGCAAAGAACUCAUCGACUGCAGCAACUCCUACAAUUGGGCAGCUGGAUUCGUAUUAGAAGAUUUGGGAGACAAAGUCAGGUUCCCCAGAACAGUGAGAGGAGAUCAUUUCCCAUUGGACGGGUGGGCCUGGUCCUGGCCGGUGUCGGCGCCAUUGGCUAUGAUGGAAUUGUCAACGACUUUACGUACUGCGGGGCGUCGGUGCGCUUUGUGCGCUCUCUCAAAACAGCCGGACUAAUUGCUGCGGACUAUAUGUGGCUGGACGAGAACGUUGCCGAGUACGAGACCAGGCUGAAGGCGCUGCACCAAAAGAGUGCCGAGCGCCUGCUGGAGACGUGUCUGCUCAAUGGCGGCCUCUAUAUAAAGGUGGGCCAGGGCGUUGCGGCCAUCAAUCACAUACUGCCGAUCGAGUACACCAGCACACUGUCAAGGCUGCAGGACAGAUGUAUCCCGACGACAAAAGCCGAUGUGCGCAAGGUGUUCCACAAGGACUUUGGCCAGCUGCCCGAGCAAAUCUAUGAGGAAUUCAACUACAAGCCGGUAGCAGCAGCCAGCCUGGCCCAAGUGUUCCAGGCGAAGCUGCCGAGUGGCGAGCACGUGGCCGUUAAGGUGCAGUACAGCGAUCUGCAGAAGCGCUUCAUCAGCGACCUGGGCACCAUCAUGUUCCUGCAGGACAUCAUCGAGUUCUUCUUCAAGGACUACAACUUCGGCUGGAUUUUGAGGGAUGUGCGCAAGAAUCUGGUCCAGGAGAUGAAUUUUGUGCAGGAGGGCCGGAAUGCCGAGCGCUGUGCCUUCGAUAUGAAGAAAUUCAACUUUGUUCAUGUGCCAAAAGUUUACUGGCCGUACACCAAGACGCGCGUUCUCACCCUUGAAUGGAUGGAUGGUUGCAAGAUCAACGACCUUGAGGCAAUAGCGUCCCGAAAGCUUAGCGUGCAGGAAAUCGAUGUGAAGCUCUUUAACACGUUUGCCGAGCAAAUCUUCUACACCGGCUUUGUGCACGCCGAUCCGCAUCCCGGCAACAUUUUUGUGCGUAGAAAUGAAAGCAGUGGGAGAGCCGACAUUAUUCUGCUGGACCAUGGCCUGUACGAGGAGCUGCCGGUCGAGGUGCGUGGCCCGCUCUGCGAGUUCUGGGAGGCCACCGUGUUGCGCAACGAAUCGAAGAUGCAAGCUGCCGCCGAGAAGAUUGGCAUCGCUGACUACAUGCGCUUCGCCGAGGUGCUCUUCCAGCAGCCCAUUCGCAUCCGCGGUGGCAGAAUCCGAAGCAAAUUGUCGGAGGAGGACAUCCAGCACAUGCAGGAGGUGGCCAGGAAGAAUUUUGAAUCCAUAAUGGGCACUCUGAAGGAAAUGCCGCGCAGCAUGCUGUUUGUUGUCCGCAACCUGAACACCGUGCGCGCCAUUAGCCACCAGCACGGCGAUGUGGUGAAUCGGCCUCGUGUCAUGGCCCGCUACGCCCAGCGUUGUCUCUACAUGCAUCGCGGCCAAUCGUCGCCGUACCAGUACGUCUGUUGGCUGUUUCGUCGUGUAUACUUUGAGUAUUGCCUGUGGGAGUCGGCCUUCAGGCUACGGCUUAUAAGUAUGUACUUCAAUGCACUAUACCUAGUGGGACGUGCCCCAGCAUCGGCCAGGACGGUUAUGCCUAAUAUGCUGACCCAGCCAGACGGCUCCCCGAUCCCAAGCUGAGCCGACGUCAUCUUUUAAUUAUUGAACCUAUAAAUUAAGCAAGAAAGUGUAUUUGUAUGUAGGGAUUAUUGUGUAUUAAAGAAGGCCUAUUGCAUAGGCGUUGCAGUACUUUAA